UGGCCUCUCUGACAAAUUAUUGUCGUUGUCAACGUUUAUCGCCUAUUGAAUUGUCAUGACAACCAGUAUGUGGCGGAGAUAGACUGAAGAUGGAUUGCAAUUUGUCAAGAUUGUCGGACUAACCCAGUGAAGGAUUAAUAUUCUAAUUUAUACUUCGUUAGGCUAGUAAGUACAGCUUUAUACUUAGGUGUCGCUACGUCAUGUGGAGUGUUUCUAGGGAGUUUAUCAUUUACUCUGUCACUUCAGCUACUCUUUCUGUGUGAAGGUGGCAAUUGACCUAAUAUUUUAACUGGACCAUGAUCAAAUAGCCAACGGGUACAUUCAGCUGUCUUAAUAAGAACUUUCGACUGAUACGAAAGAAUGUUUACAAGAAUAAAUCCAGACGAAAGUUCCUUAUAAGUGCAUUUUAAUUAUUGUGUAAAGAGUACCCUAACACUCAACGAAGAAAAUGGAUAUUGUUGUAGGAAAGAAAGAGCAGCGACACUCAAUUAAUAAACCACGUCUUAAAAUGACGUAAGUUACUUCAGUUUACAAUCCAUAGAUCUGUAAAUUACUGUGAGAAAUGAUACCAAAUGAACGACCCUUCCUGUUUUGACCUCGGGGUAUCUUCUCGGGUAUCGGAGGGAGCAGUCAUUUAAAAUCCAUUUUGAUCAAUUUAAAAGACUCUAGCUCUACUCGCAGGAGGAGCGAAACGUUCAUACUCUGAUUCUGGACUUGGUUAAAUGUAAUUUUAAAUAUGCCGAUGAGAAGAUAACAUAUAUAUGUUUUUUAAAUCCCAAUUGUCCAAUCAAACAGUGGUGUUCUCGUCACUGGAGCGGGGAAAGGAAAGGCAACAUAUACAACAGCAAGCCACGUGCUGUCUUAUUUUCGUAGUAAAGCUGUUUGAACGUUCACAGACAGGUUUACUACAAACUUAGCUUCAGAAGUGACAGCACUAGUGCCAUUUGAUGAUGAAUGUGUCCAACAAAAGUCAUCACUUCAGAACUUAAUCUCCUAAACGGAAGAAUAAGUUUGCUUGCAAUUUAUUUUUUGAAGUUGGAGUGUUACAAGAUAAGCUUUUUUGUGAAGGUUGUGAAACUUAUAGAAAAAAGAUUUGUGUUGUAAUUCCGAAGGAUUUACCUGAUCAAUACGCCUAUUUCAGUAAUACUCUUGAGAAAAUUCUUAAAAGCACAUUAAGCUUGAUGGAUGCUGCGACAAGUCCGCCUUAAUGAGAUUUUCAUUAUCGCGUUUAUAUUUCAUUGUUGUAUUCUACCGUUUCCGUGCAAAAUAAAUAUUCAGAGGAAUUUAUAAAUGACUUUUGAUAAACUAGACUCAGAGAAGACAACGGACAUGAAUAGUACAUGCGAUCCGUUUCGGUGCAAAUUGUGCAUCACAGUACCAAGGGGUAAACGAAAGCUUUUGAAGAAAAUUCUACAUCCACUGACGAAAUGGAUAGAUCCAUCUUUCGAGUUCCUCAAUGUUUUAGAAAACGAAAAUCUACCUCGAAAUACAUGUAGUGUACAACUCAGUGAAAAUUCAGGACAGUGCGAAGUGGAAUACCUAAAAGCGCCUGCCAUCAGUGUCAUCUUAUUCUUAGCUGAAAACGGCACAAUGUCUUCGAAAGAUCUUCAAAAACUUUUUCUCUUGGCUCCUUGGGAAUAUCAUCACAAAGUUGAACUGUUUAAUGUGCGUUCUCCAGAACGCACCGCCGCUUGCCAGGAAUUCUACGGAAUAGCAGAUGACAUGCCACUUUGGUCCAUUUGCCCCAUUCAUUAUGGAAACGAGCAUCUCAGGGUUCUUAUCUAUGUGAAAAACUUUCAGAAGAUGGUGGAGUUCUACAGAGUAGUCACAGAUAGUGAAAUGGAAAGUAGCAAACCUGGAUUUUGUAUUUUUCAAAUGUAUUCCCAACCAGGAUUAGAUAUUCAAAUAGCUUUGAAAUACUCAAAAUAUAUUGAACCUUACCCAAUUCCAACGACUAUGUUAGCAUUCAAAGUAAAAAAUGCAGAGUCCAUUAAAGCGUUUACUGGUUGUUUUCUGGAUAAAAUGGGGGAAGAUUCAUUUGUAACUUCUGAUCCCGAUGGCAAUAAAGUACAUUUGUACCAGAUACCAAAUCAGGAGGUUUCCAUUGCUCCAACAUUUGGGAAAACAAAAGGUAAUAAAUUACAAGAGGAUAUUAAAAGCUGUCGGAGCUCUGAUAGCCAUGACUCGGGAAGGUGUUCUGAUAGUGAAAUUUGGUGUAGUGAAUCGGAACCUUGUAAAAGUGACUCUCCUGGGCUGAAUGACCAAAGAGAAUGUGUAACCUAUUCUUCUCGUCAUAGGUCUUUUUCGCCAUCGAAAGUUUCCACAAACCCGGUGGCUAAAUGUAAGAUAAAGGCAGUAUAUUUAUAGCAGGAUUGUAAUUAUUUGGUGUGUUAAUAAAUGGAUAAUACGUUUUCAAUAUUCAAGGUUUUGUGCAAUAAAUCUAUUUCGACAAAGCA